UGAGGGCGUUCAAUCAAUUUCAAGGGAGUGUGGAGAGCAAUGUCCAGCGCCUGGGGGGCCUGUGAGACCCUGGUUCUUGCUUACUCCCCGGGAAGGAGAAUAGAGGGGGUGCCGUGGGCAGGAAAGAGGGGGGGUGCAUAUGAAGGGUACGAAGGGUGUGAAGGGUGCCUUGUUAGACAGAAGAGACGGGGAAGAGUAAUCCCACCUCACGGUUUUUCACAGUUAACAAUUCCAUUCCCAUCGAUACUGUCGAUACUGACACCGACAGCGACAUCGGCGUCGACGUCGAAAUUGACAUCGACGUGGCGAUCGCAGGGAAAGCCACGUGUUUUGCUCAUCACGCCGUGCGUUGAGACACCGUUCUUUGGAACGUGGAAAAGAAGCUCGGCGAGAACAGUAGCAUCAGCGUCGGCAUCGCUUCAGCAAGGGCCUCGGAAUCGCGCAACGAUGUCUCAACCGGAGAAGGCCCCUUCCACUCGUGCCCUUGACCGCGAGGAGAUGGAUCUAGCGGAGAUCACAGAGAAGCUGCGGUCUGGAUUGGAAAUCAAGGACAGAACUUAUCUGCUCAAGACCUAUAAGUCGUGUUUUGUUGGGAGCGAAGCAGUUGCAUUUAUGAUAAAAAGUGGAAUGGUUUCGUCUGAAGAGGAUGGUGUACAUCUGGGAAAUCUGCUGAUGCAACAAAAGGUAUUUCAUCAUGUGGUGAAGGAUCACACAUUCAAGAAUGCAUAUCUUUUUUACCGGUUUGCACAAGAUGAGACAGAGAGGAGCCAUGGCAAAGUUGCAGUUGAUCAGCAAGGGGAGGCUCUAUCAUGGUUGCACUUUCUAAAACCAAAGGCACUUUGGGUUGAUGAAGCGGAAGCGGCGGCUUAUCAGCCAAAAGACCGUAGUGGAGGGUCAGCUGAGAAAGCAAGCGACCUCAAAGAUUCGGAUCUGCAGAAAGCUGCUGAAGAAAUAGAGGUUAGUCCGUUGGACAAAUACAACGUAGAACUUCUCGAUAAUGUUCACCCCGUCAAAUGGAUUAAUCCGAAGCCUGCAGGAAGGUACAACCUGGUCGUGAUUGGUGCGGGAGCUGGAGGUCUGGUGACAGCGGCAGGAGCGGCGGGAGUGAGUGCCAAAGUGGCGCUUGUCGAGAUGAACCUGUUGGGCGGCGACUGUCUCAAUGUGGGAUGCGUACCGUCUAAGGCUCUGAUCAAGUCUGCCAAGGUCGCUGCCACGGUCAGGAAUCCGACGGCAUAUGGUGUGGAUGUCAAGGGAGAGGUCAGUGUGGACUUCCCGAAAGUCAUGGAGAGACUGCGUCGGCUGCGUGCUGAGAUCUCCGUGAACGACUCUGCGAAACGGUUCACAGAAGACCUCGGAGUGGAUGUGUACUUUGGCCGAGGAGAAUUCAAAAGCCCGACUACACUCGAGGUUGCAGGAGAGGUUCUUCACUUUUCCAAAGCAGUGAUCGCAACCGGUGCAACAGCGGCAGUGCCGGACAUUCCUGGUUUGGAUAAGGUUCCAUACUUGACAAAUUCCACUGUGUUUAACCUAACGAGACUUCCUGCGCGAUUGGGUGUCAUUGGCGCCGGGCCAAUCGGCUCAGAACUGGCGCAGGCUUUUCAAAGAUUUGGGUCGAAGGUUGUGCUGCUGAAUCGCUCAAAGAACUUUCUCGGCAAGGAAGAUCGUGAUGCUGCGGACAUUGUUCAAGAUCAGAUCACUAAAGAGGGUGUUGAUUUCAGGCUUGGUAUUAAUCUUAAAUCAGUGGAGCUCGUCUCCGAAGCAGAUCCAGAUAAUGGAAAGUUCUUCCCCGAAAUAAAGGUAACGUUUCUUGAUAUGGGGCGCGAGACGUUGGAAGAGGUGGUUGUGGACGCGUUGCUCGUGGCGACGGGCCGUAAGCCAAACGUGGCAGGCCUCGGCCUCGACAAAGCUGGUGUGAAGGUUGAUAAGAAUGGUGUUGUUGUCGACGACAAUCUCCGCACGACACAGAAGAACAUUUUUGCUGUGGGCGACGUCUGCACGGUACACUUCACGACUUCAAUCACCCCCCAGAUGGAUAAAUCUGCUUGUCCUCUUCUUCUUCUUUUUCUAAUGGAAAAAUUUUCAAACCUCCUCGUGCCGUGGGUUACAUACACUGAACCGGAAGUCGCGCAUGUCGGUUUAUACGAGGAAGACCUAAAAGAGGCAAAGACGCCUUAUGACGUGUAUAUGCGUCAGUUUAAGGAUGUGGAUCGAGCAAUAGUGGAUGGCGAAACCGAGGGAUUUGUGAAGUUCUACACCAAGAAGAGUACAGACCAAAUCAUCGGUGCGACUAUUGUUGGAACGCGCGCUGGUGAUCUGAUAUCGGAAGUUACGCUGGCCAUCCAGUCGGGAAUUGGAUUGGGCCGAAUCGCAACUGUCAUCCACCCUUAUCCUACCUGUGCAGAAGCCAUUCGCCAGUGCGGCGAUGCGUACAAUCGCACUCGGCUCACGCCGAUCGUGAAAGCCGUCUUCAGGAAACUCAUGGGAGCACAGCGAUAAGCUAUGUAAGAAGAAGCAAUCCCAACACGCUAUGCUAUCGCGGACCGCUCCAGUUGUCAAGUUCUUUGUGAACCGUCUGUUUAUUCCUGCAGUCGCUUCCUUUAGAUGAUCAUCUUCUCAGUAUUUAGUAUGUACUAAAUUGCUAACACUUUCAGAGUUAAAAAAAAAAAAAAAAAAAAAAAAAAAAAAAAAACUUUCAGAGUUAAAAAUUAAAAAAAAACGCUUUCAGAGUAUUUUUCUGGAUUAGGCGAGAGUGUAAACAAUUUUAAAGGCUGGAGGGGGGGAAAGGAUUAAAAAAAAAUAUAUAGAAUUUAGACUUUAGUAAUUUAGAAUUUUGUAUUUACUAUAUUAGUAUAUAUUUAGAUAAGUUAGUUUAAUGGGAGUUAUUUCCGGGUAGCAACAAUAUGCUUCUGCCAGACUUGUGAGUAUAAAAAGUGAGGGGUUAUAAAAUGUUUUAAAUUAGUAAAAUAAUAAAUAAUAAAUAGUUUAGUGAUCUCCAUUCGUCUUCUUUAAACCAUAGCGACUUCCGGACCUGACCUGCUGCGGCUAACGACCACAAGUAAAAUUCCUGUUGCUGGAAGUUCAAGUGGGGAAAAUCUGGGCCUAAGUGGUCCCCACUUUUUAACCACUUUGUGGGGAAAAAAAAAGAAAAAGGAGACCCUUUCAGAUAGUUGCAGAGAAUAAUAAACAAGCUUCAAGAGGCAGGUCUGCACCCCUGGUAUUUGGAUCAUUUUGCCGAACUAAAGCCCUGUAUCCUGUAUGAGGGACGCUGGACCUGUUUUCCAGCAGCAGGUGCUUCUUCCCCCACCACCACCAACAGAUGGAGCCUCCUAUGUGGGGACCACUUCCCGCG